UGGUCGAAAGCAUUUCGGGAAAGCCAUUUCACCAUCCGGCAACACUGAAACAAAAAUCGCCAAUUUAUUUGGACGGGUCGGCAAAAAAUAUAAUAAAGCGGUUAACCACCCACCCACCAAAAACGCCGCGCGGCUUCGUUCGCGACGUAACGGGGAAAAGCACGCUUUAUUUGCUUUUCCAGCAGCCGUGUGCCAAUUCACACACUUUUGACCAGCCGGAAAAACACACGCGCAUAUUGUGGAGGCAAUGGAAAGCGAAAUUGAAAACGCAUGUGUGUCGCUGGGAUAACGGCGAACAAGGAGAAAGAGGAGCUCUGAAAAAGCGAAUAACUUCAGCUAAGAUCGAAAAAUCGGAUCUUUAGUUUGAGGACAAAGAGAGAAAAAAAGAGAAAGAGGAAAAAGCUACUCACACACACACCCAUACGCCUCACACUCUCCCGUGUAAAACCAAUACAACACAAAACAACAACAUGCAAUCUUUGCAAAGUAGUUAAAUAAUUCUGCCCUGUCUGCGCUUUAUUUCCUUCUUCAUUUCGGUUCUUCUCGUUUUAUUUGUUAAUUUCAACAAGUUUCUGUUUCUCGCUUUUCCCUUACCCACAUACACACACAGGCACAAACAAACAGUUCUUUUUUCGUUACUCUUUCAAAACAACAAAAACACGGCACACGAACGCCACUAAACACCAAUACCAAAACUCUGUCUCGUGUGACGUGCGAGCGCAGAAAUUGUCGUCUUUAGAUUUUGUUUGUGCACUUUUCGCCAUUUCCCUUUGUGUUCCGUUUUGAUCGGAAGGGGUAGAGAGAAGGAGGGAGACAUAGCGGCCGAGAAGCACCUGCGAAAAAAGCGGCACGAGAUCGCCAGAAAAGCAGAAAAUCGCAAGAAGCAUAAGCGACCGGCUCCCCACUCACAAACAAGCAGCCCCACACACGCACACUCACACCCAUCACUUGUUGCAGCGGAAGAGGAGAAGGGGCAAGAGAGCGAUAAGAGGGAAAUAAAAAGGAGAAGGAGGAGGAGAACAAGUGCCUAAGAAGACAACAACGCGCAUCUGCUAUCAGCGAAUACCACUGCAAACAUGGUAAAGGAGAAGCCCAACUCGACUCGUAUUUACGACAAGGAUGGAUUCAGGCGACGAGCUGCCUGUAUUUGUGUGAAAUCGGAGAAUGAGGCGGAGGUACUCUUGGUGACCUCCUCUCGUCGUCCGGAGCUGUGGAUCGUUCCAGGUGGUGGUGUAGAGCCCGAAGAAGAACCCUCGGUGACCGCUGUACGAGAAGUUCUCGAGGAGGCUGGUGUCGUUGGUGAUCUGGGUCGCUGCCUAGGUGUAUUUGAGAACAACGAUCACAUGCAUCGCACCGAGGUGUUUGUAAUGAACGUAACCCAGGAGCUGGACGAGUGGGAGGAUUCCCGGAGCAUCGGCCGCAAGCGCCAGUGGUUCACCAUUGAUGAUGCGCUGUCGCAGCUGGCGCUGCACAAGCCGACGCAGCAGCACUAUCUGAUGCAGUUGCAGCACUCGAAGACACUGGACAACACGAAUCGCGUGGUGAACGCCACGCAUCCGCCCAAGUUGACCAACGCCGCCACCCCAGCCGCAUCGCCCACCACUGCAUAAAGACAUCAGAAGGCAGGAUGCAGGCUGCAGGAUUGAGGAAAGCACAUGCACACCACACUUAAUCCCGAGACUAACCCCACACUAACUUAAACCCCAUACCAACCACCAUACACAUUUUGACAUUUUGGAAAUUUACAAAUAGACAGGCAGUCUUCUAGAUUAUGUUGAUUAAGCCAUACCUAUGUUACCCCGCAUCCCCCACAUAGCCCCAUUUGCGUUUAAGUUUGAGUCAAUGCGUUCAUGUAUGUCUUCAGUAAUUUUAUGAGAACUAAAUUGGUGUGAACUCCAAAGCGAGUGAAGAGGAAAAAAAGAAAACAAAAACGCUACUCGAUCAAUGCUUAGCGAUAACUUAUAUAAUUCGAGAUCUAAAACACAACACACACGAAAACCGAAAAAAAAAUAUAAUAAUUUUUGAGCGAAUAGCACUUUUUGCAAACACAAAAAAAAGAAACUAAAACUUAAACUAGAUGAACUAAACAACAAAAUCCAGAAGUAACGAUAUCUAUUAGAUUUUUCUACUCUUUUUUAUAAUUUACUCAAAAAGCAUCUUAAUUGAUUAUUGUAACAAGCAAACCAAUUGGAAUCGGCUUUAACAAGCGCAAAAGGAGAUCUUGAUAAAGGGCCGGUUUCUCGAGUGACUGUUAACAUUUUUCAGACAGAUAAGAACAAACUGCUAAUUAAAUUAUAAAUACUCUGUUUUUGCGCUUUGCAGCACAUAUUCGGUUCAUAGCAGAAGUUUCUCUUGAGACAAAAUAGAGGCGAGAGAAGCCCAAACGUAUCUGCUCGUUAGCUUUAUCAUACAGAUAACUAAUUCGGAUCUUACCAGGAACUCAAGAAACCGACCCUAACUAUGCUAAGCGGCCUAAACAAUAAAACUACACCUAUUUAAGCGACGACUAACGAAAAGAUUUCGUUUUAAAUCUACCACAGUCGAGGAUCAUUUUUCAAAAACAAAAACUUUACUCUCGACUUUUGACGGACGAACAGCGGACAGAAAGGAAUCAUAGAGAACCUUAAAAUAAUUAACAACAGUUGCCUAUGCAAGAAGAUAGAGCCCACUGCAGGGGGUAUAUAAUGAUAAACGUUAACUUAUUGUAAAAAAUAAAAUGCGAGAAAUUAGAGAAGCCAGCAAACAUAUUAAGAACUAAUUCAACUACUAAGAUAUGUGCACGGUGUACUUUUCAGAAGCAAACAAAAAAAUAAUAAUUAUGAUUAUAAUAUUAACACAGCUAGGGAGGAGCAUGUUUUCAAUGUGAUUUAAGAUACAUACGAGUUGAACAAUUUUAUGUGACAUUUUUUCGAUAAUUUUUUGGCACUUCAAAAGCGCGUAACCAACGAAAUUUUUAUUCAAGCUCAAUGGAAGCAAAGUCUGGCAGUUGAAUCUAUGAUUUUUGCAAUCUAUCAAUUGAACUUUAGUUGCAAACUAAAGCCGUGAAACCAAAUUUUAUCGGAACGCUAAAUUAUAUCACAAAUUGUUGCAAUUAAAUGAUGAUUUACAACCAAUAAAGAAGAAAACAAACACAAAA